CCAUCCGCCAUCAUGUCGCUGCUCAAAGUACCGCUCUUGAUGCUCGGCAGCAUCGCCGUUCACACAACGAUGACUUCUCCGAACCCGGCGGCACCAACAGAGCGUCAGCUGAAGCCAAGCGGGCUGGAGCGGAUCGCGCCAAAAUGGGCCCCGGUCCUUCUCAAGGGAGUCUUUUGGGGCCUAGGGAUUGCCGAAUGCGUGACCAUCCUCGCGCAACACUUCCCUCAUUUAGAGACGAUCUCGCAGGCGUUGGACCCAAAUAACGGCGCAGCACACCUGACGCUUACACCGACAUUCCUCGCCGGGUUUAUUUCGAGCAUCGUGGGCACCUCCAUCCGCCUGCACUGCUACUCUCGUCUCCAGAAACACUUCACCUUCGAACUGAGCACGCGCCCCGAUCAACAGCUAGUCACGGACGGCGCGUACGGGCUGGUCCGACACCCGAGCUAUCUGGGCGCGCUGUUCUCUGGCAUCGGCGCCGCUUUGUGUGUGUUCGUGCCCGGGUCGUGGCUCGUGGCCUGCUCCGGGCUCGUGCGGCCCGGCGAGGCCUGGGAGCCGAAGAUAUCUGCGAUUUGGGCGGUUGCACUGACGCUCGCCGCUGUUGGCCUGGGCUCUCGGAUCAGGAAGGAGGACAGGAUGAUGAAAGAGAGGUUCGGAAAGGAAUGGGAGGAUUGGGUUGGGCGUGUGCCUUAUCGUCUGGUUCCUUUUCGAGCACUGUAUACUCCGCGCGGGCGGUCAAGCGGCCAUGAGGAUCGGAGCGAACUUCAUUUGUGAACAGUUGGACGUCCACAGAGUAAACACCGGGGCCAACGCUGACAGACGUCUGAUUGGCCAGUUCGGGCAAAGCGUCGCCGUCUCGCGACCACGUGAUGGUAUAACUUUCAUCAAGCCCGGAGACCAGGCUGGCCCGGAAUUCGGCAACCGGAACCAAAUGAAGCUCGAGGGUCGACGUCGCAGAUUUGGCAUCGCAACUUGUC